UGAACUAGAAGAACAAAUCGCUGACAGUCAUCAGUCCGUCCCUCCCAACAUCAACACGUGUGUGAAUCCUGGAACUCUUCAGUGUUUGAAGGAAGGUAAAGUAUCCAAGAUGUCAGCCACCAGGCAGGGAGUGUUGACUUUGUACAAAUCUUUACUUCGCGAAAGCCAAAAAUUUACGGGUUAUAAUUACAGAACAUAUGCGUUAAGAAGAACAAGAGAUGCCUUCAAAGAACAUAAAUCGGCACCACCAGAAGAAGUGGAAAGCCUCUUAAGGAAAGCUCAACAUAAUUUAAAUGUUAUUAAAAGACAGGCAGCUGUUAGCCAGAUGUAUGGCGAUAAGCCAGUGGUUGUGGAGCACCAGCCCAGGGCAAAAUCACAGUCUACUCACAAGGGAAUGACUUAGAUGUGUGUAUGUGAGGACAAGGAUGAUCAGGGAGGACAUUUUCCAGGUGGCUGACACGGCUGGAUGAAGUUUUGUAACUCAAGUUCCUGGGAGUUUCUCUGCCAGAUUCCCGGGGAGGGAAUGAGUGAUUAACUGUAAAACAGUCUUGAUUGUGGGGAAUCUUUUUGACUGUGUUAUAUAAUGGAAGCAUUGUGUACAUGUAUCUUGCAGUGUUGAGUGAAUGGUUUGGGGUUUUUGUGGCAUUAAGUGUACAGGCUGGUAGUGUGAAAAACUGCCUGUCGUACCAUUUGGGAUGUACCAGUAUAAUGUCAAAUAGAACUACUCCUGGUUAGUAAAGUUGCAAUGCAUGAUGACUACCCCUAAAUGAACAUGAAUUUCGUCCAUGACUAAUUUGCCCAUUUUUUCCCGAUACUGAAAGUUCCAUUGAGUUUAGAAAGGUGUUUUGAGGUUUGCUUGGAACACAGGAUGAUAUUCUGCUGGAAAAUUGUAAGUUUCAGCACCAAGACUAAUAUUUUGUGACAUUUAUUUGCCUCUAAAAAUGCACUUUUGUGGCUGAAACUUUAGGUCAUAUAGGGUAGUCCCCUUGUUAGCAGAUUUUAUCCAUGGUAAACUAA